GAACCAGGUUAAGAGCGUGAACUCGACAUAAGGCAGCAGCAAGGUUUGAUCGGAAAUGAGUUAGAAGAGUCAGGGGCACGGGACCGCGAGACCUAGUCACGAGGUUGCUAUCCUCAGAUUUGUUGCACGGCGGAAUUUAAGAGAAGCCGGCUGCUGGACCAGAAUAGGAAAAAAAAACCCAUCACCAUGAUCACUUUAUCGUGCUCCAGGAUCGUACUUCUGAGGAUAAGGUCAAGGAUGAAAUGGACACCGACAUAGUCCUUAAACGAAGACUCACUUGAUCCAGUGGCCUAACAACGAUAGAGUUGACUGUGAUGCGACUUCGAUUCAAACUUUGGAUGGAUUUUGUGCCAUUCUUCAUUUUGUUUAGCAGCGGCGACGCUAUGUAACAGGGUGAUUGAAAGUUGAUCCCAUAAUCAGAAUGUUUUGAACGAAUUAAAGAUGCUAAAACGAUCUGAUGAUGGUGAAUGACUCUAACUUGAGUUUGUUAUGGAUCAAUUUAAGCGAUUUGCUGUCAACACAUUAACACCUCCGCCCGGAUGUUCUAAGCGUCAUUAACGGCUAGACAAUGACAUCGCACAUGGGAUCUUCCUAAAAAGUGUAGCAAUUUCCUGGCCAAAUUCCAACUAUUGAGAAGGGGUUUUGGAUUUCCGCUCCCGCCUAUAGCUGAAACGAAUCCCUCGAGUGUGGCACUGUCAGAUUGCCGAAUAAUUCAUGCAACCCAACCAUAUUUAGCAAGGACGGGACUAACAGGAGACAUGAUUAAAAACGUCAUCUUUGUCAAUUUUGUAACGUUCGUUUUCUAGUAAACAUGUAAAGGGUAUAAUUAUUAUGGCGAAAUUCAACCCAUUUUAGAUAAUCGGCCGCGACAAAUUUGUUUGCACCAUUUUGUCGACAAGGUCGAAAUUUUUGCUCAAGAAACAAAUCAAGAACCUACAAGCCAACGUGAAAAUCACGGCAACAUUGAACCGUGCUUCUGGCUUACCGAUGAAAGCAUGAUGGUGACAACGAAAUAGUAUAUCCGAGAGUACAUCAACUCAGAUGUAGGUUUCUGGACCAAUCACAAUGAGAUUGUGGUUGAAAUUAAGAAUAUGGCGAUCAGCAUUUGGACGAUAUAUCUACCUUGGAUUACUAGGAUUUAUCAUUAUGUUUGGCAUGAGGAGGACUGGUGGAGAUCGAAACCAGAGGAGACCAUGGAGAUCAAUUACUCCUGUUGGAGAAGAUUCAGGACUAUUCAUGAAAAUGGCGUCAGUUAAUGCCAUCAUAGUCGAAAGAGAGAAUCGCAGACAAAGACCCUUUGUACAUCAUAAAGUUGAGGACAGUGAUCAUACAGGAUUGCUACGUGAUGCAGCAAGUAUGCCUAGAUUAAUUAGAGGCCGGGAAGAUUUGAAAAGGGACAAAACUCCUUUUGAUGAUGCAUACAACAAGGGUACAUACUUGUUGGAACCAACCGAUUCUCAUACCUACACCCAGUUGAACACCCCGCGUAAUAUUUGCUUUGACCAUCGGGGAAUGCCCCGACGGGUGCCCAUGAUUAUAUUUGUGACAUCUGCUCUGGGUAAUCUGAAAAGAAGAGACCACGUCCGUGUGACGUACGGCAACAGCCAAGCCUGGGAAGUAUCAGAUGAACCCCUCGUCAGGACAGUGUUCAUGUUGGGAGCAACUGCCGAUCCGGUCCUGCAAGCCAAGAUCAGCGCCGAGGCUCGUAUCUAUGGCGAUAUUGUCCAAGAAGAUUUCAUUGAUAGCUACUUAAACCUGACAAGGAAGACUGUCAUGGGUUUGAAAUGGGUGACGGAGCAUUGUCGACACGCCAAGUUUGCCAUGAAAAUCGACGACGAUACGAUGCUCAACAAGGCUCGUAUCCUGGCGUUCAUCCUUAGGGCGCCCUCUCAUGGAGUCGUCAUCGGGAACCUGAACCUUGACAUGCCGGUUGUCCGAAGUAGGGUCGGGGACUGGGGGAAGUACCACAUCUCUGAGGAUUUUUACCCUGCUUCGACGUACCCACCGUACCUCUCGGGUACAGCGUUCAUCAUGUCCACAGACCUGGUGGAGGCGACGUUUCGUACCGCUUUGUCCACACCCCUGUUCCCCUGGGAGGACGUCUUCAUGGGCAUGUGUUGGAAAAAGAUUGGGGUCAGUCUCAUGCACGAUUACCAUUUUAUGUGUACUUCGAACACGGAGGAGUGUUACGGUGACAAGGAGUGGCCCAAGUAUACCGUCUUUGUUAAUUUACCUGCAGAGUAUAUGGUCCGGGUCUGGGUCGAAAGUACUGUCUACGCCGAAAAGCAGCUGCCAGACAUUCGGAAAUAAUAUUUAUUACUUUAUGUUGCCAUAUACACGCUAAAUUCCAAGGAUUUAAUAUAAAUCCAGAUCGGCUGUGAAUAGUGACCAGCCGAAUAUUAGAUUUAGAUUUAAACAAUAAAUUCAAAAUUCGGCUGGUCACUAUUCACAGCCGAUUCCAAAGUCCUUGGAAUUUAAAGUGUACUAAAUGUCAUACGAAAUGCUGGAAGUAUUUGUAUUGCUGAUGACCUAAAUUCUAUAUGAAAUACAUAGAGCAUGCAUUCCUAUUGAUGAAAAAAGACACGUAUUUGAAUAAAUUUUUCAAUCACUGG